AAACGCUUGGGAGUUUGUUUCUGAAUACAGUGAAGCAUCUAUACGUAAUAACGCAAUAGUAGAUCGAAUCACGUAACUGUAGUGGGCUGGAAACAUGGCGUCUGUAGCUGAAAUGUACGAUGUCACUUGGGAAGAAAUGAGAGACAAACUAAGGAAGUGGCGAGAAGAAAACUGCCGUAAUAGUGAACGAAUAGCCGAGGUUGGAGAGGAACUUAUAAAAGAUCAUGCAGCCAAACUUGGAGAUGACAUCUGGGUAAUAUACGAACAGGUCAUGAUUGCUGCUUUGGACUGUAGUCGGGAUGACUUGGCACUGUUCUGUGUUGAAAAGCUGAGGAGGCAUUUCCCAGACAGCCACAGGGUGAAGAGAUUGUAUGGCAUGAUACUUGAAGCAAUGGAGAGGUAUAGUGAUGCCAUUAAGGAAUAUGAUGCAAUCUUACAGGAAGAUUCUACUAAUACUGCAGCAAGGAAGCGUAAGAUUGCUAUUCGGAAAGCUCAGGGGCACACUGCGGAGGCCAUCCGAGAACUGAAUGAGUAUCUAGAACAGUUUGUUGGGGACCAAGAAGCUUGGCAUGAACUAGCAGAUCUGUACAUUAAUGAACAUGACUAUGCAAAAGCAGCAUUCUGCUUAGAAGAGCUAAUGAUGACAAAUCCACACAACCACUUGUACUGUCAACAGUAUGCUGAGGUGAAGUAUACUCAGGGUGGCAUUGAGAACCUCGAGUUGGCCAGAAAGUAUUUUUCACAAGCGCUGAAGCUAAACAACAGAAACAUGCGUGCUUUGUUUGGUCUGUAUAUGGCUGCCAGUCACAUUGCUUCACAUCCUAAAGUGAAGCAGAAAGCUGAAAAUUUAAAGUAUGCUGCAUGGGCUGCCAAGCAAAUAAGUAGAGCAUACCAGCUUGCGAACUGUGGCAAGAAUGAAACCAGAUACUCUGCAAAGGCAGUUGAAGACAUGUUGGAAGCUCUACAGAUCACUCAGUCUUAACCAGCUGUAGAAGCCAGACCACACAGUACUGCAGCAACCAUUUUAGAAUUCAUAUUUCAGUUCCAUCCUGCUUCCUUCAUAAAAGGAAAUCCAUCUAUUUUUUUUUAACGAGAAGCGAAACUAGUGCUUAAUAUUAAUAUCACUGAGAGAAGAGCUGGACUUUUUCAUACUCCUGGGAUCACUGAAAAUUUAUUUUCACUUCAUUUGUCAUUUAUUAAAGUUGUACAAGCCCUGCUAAAUAGAAGUGCACUAUUAAGUGGCUCUGUGGUGCAGUCCUGGUGACCUUAGAUGCUUGUUAAUAAAGUAAAUUACUAUAUUCUUGA